CCGGAAAAACUGAUAAUCCCGAAUCGCUGAAGUCCCGGCGAGUCCGGAUUAAAGACUUUUGACUGUACUUUACACGAUGAUGACAAAAUUGACCAGGAAAUAAAUAAACCUCACAUAAUCCUGGAUUAUAACAAAUGUAAAGGCGGAGUUGACACCGUAGACCAACUUUGUAGUAAUUUCGCUAUUGCCCGAAAAACUAAGAAAUGGACAAUGGCAAUAUUUUUUGCACUGCUAAACGUAGCGUGCAUAAAUUUGCAAGUGCUCUUGAACUUUACCAAACCUGAUGCAACCAUCAAGUUUAGAAGAUAUUUUUUCAAAAAUCUAGGUACAUCUUUGAUGAAACCUCAUCUUCAAAAUCAUUAGAAAAUGCGGUUUCUCUUGUCACAUUCCAAAGCUAUUAUUAGAAGGCUGGUAACAAAGAAGUGGACAAGAUGGCCGAAAGGGAAGAGGAACCACCUGCAAAAACAAUCAAAGGAUGCUGCGCUGAGUGCGGUAGAAUGAAGAAUAAUUACACUACCAUAAAAUGUUCUGAGUGUUCUAAGUUUACCUGCAAAAAUCAUCUGGGCAAGACAGUGCAACUUUGCAAACCCUGCUGCAGUGAACAGGGACAAUCUGAAGAGGAUUAAAGUAGCAAAAGGUUGGGAUUUGUUGAAUGUGCUUUAUCUUAUUUUGUGAAGUCAUACCAAGCAAAUCCCUUUUUCACACCAUCAUUGUACUGCAUGGAAAAUCUGAAGAAUGCCCUGGUUGAGCGAUGGCACUUUGUUAUGUUAAAUGACAUAGAACGUAAUACAGUUUAUGAACGGGCAAUAAGGAAAGCUGUUAAAGAGGGCCAUAAUUGUGUUCUAGAUAUAGGAGCAGGCACUGGCAUACUGAGCAUGAUGGCAUACGAUGCUGGUGCAAAGAGAGUUUAUGCCUGUGAAGCAAGUGAGAUCAUGUUCACAGUGUUACAGAAUGUGAUCAAAGAAAAUGAUAAGCCUAUUCAAGCUUUUCAGAAAUUUUCUAAUGAAUUAUGUGUACCAGAAGAUUUGCCAGAAAGAGUCAAUUUAGUUGUUACUGAAAUAUUUGAUGCUGGCUUAUUUGGAGAGCACAGUCUUGAAACUUUAAAUCAUGCAUGGGAAUAUUUAUUGCUGGAUAAUCACAGCAAUAUAUGCCCUAUUUCAAAUGUUAAUGAUUUAUCACCAAAUUCUUCUGUAUCAUGUUCAGAUGUUAAUGACUUAAACAAUGAAAAUAUUCAGGAACUAAAUAACAGUGAAAUAACUAAAGGAAUGAUCAUACCACAAUCUGCUACCGUGUUUGCUCUUCCUGUAGAAUGUGAACGAUUUCGUAAAUUUUUCAGGUUAGAUAGUAAAAUUUUGGAGGCGUUAGAUAUUAACAAUUUAGUUCUUCCUCAACUUUUGGAUGAGGAACCUUACUCUACUGAAAAAAUAAUGAAUAUACCAGGGGGAUACAAAGCAUUAAGUAACCCAUUGGUUCUUUUAGAAGCUAAUUUCAACUCACGUCAGGAUAUUAAAUCUCUUUUAGAAGGUAAGCUGUUGAAUUUGACUUACCAGUGCAUUAACGGUGGUAGUUUGGAUGCUUUUGUUGUAUGGUUUGAUUUGCAUCUUGAUGCUGAAACUAGCAUUUCAUCGGCACCCAAGGAAAAAUUAUCUGACAGUUGUUGCUGGGAUCAAGCUGUUUUCUAUGUUCUGCCACAAUAUUUGGAAGGCUGUUCAUCAGUUUGCAGCGAGGGAGGUUCCAUUGAAGUACAGUUUCAAUGUAAAGGUCAUUUAUGUCUGCAUCAUGUCAAAAUUAAGGAGAUUAGUGAGAAACGUAUAUCUAGUCAACAAAUAUUGAUGGAUCCCUCAUUAAUUUACCUUUUAAAUUCAUAUGUAACUGGGAACAUAAUUGAUAUAAACCUCCAAGAUAUUUCUACUAUGGACAAUUCUACAGUACUGGACAUUUCUACAUUUCCUGCACUGAGUCUUAAAUCACUUAGAGGCAGUUCAACUUCAGUCACUGUUUUAAAAACUCAGUACCAGACAGAAAUUGAACAACUUCAAGAAUUAUAUAAAGUACCCAAGGAAAGGUUGCUCUUUAAAUCUUAUGAGGAUUUCUAUAAAACAAGCAAUAUGCUGUAUGAUUUUUUGAUUGUUGAUCCUGUGGAAUUAUGUGGGCUUCUCAAAAAGAAUUUGUUGGAAGACAUCACAAUGUUAAAGAUGAAAUGUUUGAAAGAGACAGGUAUUGUGAUUCCUGGGGAAAUUGAAAUAUCAGCCAUGUUAAUAGAAAGUCCAAUACUAAAAGAGCAAUCAAAAGUUGUUUGUGAUGACAGGACUGCUGGCUACAAGAUUUCGCAAAUAAUGAAUGCUUACCGAUGCCGAAUUCAUCAAGAUAUUGAAUUCUCUACCUUACAACAUCAAAAACUGAGUGAACCUGUUAAGUUGUGUCAAGUCAACCUGAAUGACAAAUCUGCAACUGACAGAAAGACUUUUUUCAACACAAUGCACAAGACAGUUGAGAUAGAACCCAUUAACAGCGGUAAAGCAACUGCUAUCAUAUAUUGGUUUACGCUGAAUUAUGGUUCAAAUUUUGUGGUAGAUACCUCUGAUCCUAUUGGGUUAUGGAAACAAGCAGCUUGUGUGUUGGAUGAUGAUGUACACGUCUGCAAAGGAGAAAAAAUUUGUCUAGAAUGGAGCCUAAAAAAUGGGUGCUUUCAGAUUGGUAUUUUUGACCAUGCAUCUUCCGUCCUUAAAUGAUAAUUCUUUAAUUUUAUUUUUAUUGUUUACUAUGUCUUCUCUGCACAGAGAUUAAUUGUUAUUUAUGUUAGACAGUUUAUCUGUAUUGUUGGUAUGUGCAGUAAUACUAACUUCUUAAAUUAUAUGAUAAAUGUUUUAAGUAGGCAUUGAAGUAGUCAGAAAUCUAAGAAAGCUCUCAGUGUACUUUGAAUGUCAUAAAACAUUUCACUUCUACAAAAGCAUGAUAAAGCUUUGAAGGAAUUUCAUGUCAAACAAAUGGUUGUUAAAAGUCAUAAGAAGUAGUUUACUGUACGGCUUAAAAUUCUAUUUAAAUAAGUAGAAAAUUACAAAUGUCACAUAACUUUGCUGUCUGCAAUAGAAUGUAGAAUAUGUAACAGAGAGUGAUAAAAUAAAAAAGCAAUAUUUAAUUUGAA